GGGCGGCAGCGCUGGGAUCCGUGCAAAGCUAGGCUUGCAGAAUGAAUAAAGAUGCCCAGAUGCGAGCGACCAUUAACCAGAAGCUGAUAGAAACCGGCGAGCGAGAGCGCCUUAAAGAGUUGCUGAGAGCCAAGUUAAUUGAAUGUGGCUGGAAGGAUCAGCUGAAGGCACAUUGCAAAGAUGUGAUUAAAGAAAAAGGAUUAGAGCACGUUACCGUGGAUGAUUUGGUGGCAGAAAUCACCCCCAAAGGCAGAGCCUUGGUACCAGACAGCGUAAAGAAAGAACUCUUACAGAGAAUAAGAACCUUCCUUGCCCAGCAUGCCAGUCUUUAACUUUGACGUUGUCUUGGAUAUGUUCAGGUUUUUUUUUUUCUGUAGUGUCAAUCAUGUCAGGAUUGCAGCAUUGGAAUGCACUUUCCAUACUGAAUGAUUGAACAUUGUUUGUUUUAUGAUGAGUUGAAAUUCCAUUGCACUGCAUCAGGCUCCCCUUUCCUGUUGCUUCAUGGCUGCAGUGU